GGUCCAUGCACGGCGUGACUUGUCAAAUGACAAAUAAUUAUGUUUGGUGCUUCUUCUGAAUGAAAAACAAUCGAAUAUUGUUAUAAUAUAACGUGCAUUUCAAGUGAACGUUUGUGAUAAAUUCUAUAGUUAUGUACUUAGUGUAGUUGACAGUGAAUUUGUGUGUUCAUAUUCGUAUAUAAAGUGCUCAGAUAAAAGCAGAUCUAGUCAAUAAACUAUAAAAAUGGUUGCGCUACUACUCAGCACAUUAGCUUUAAUACUAUCAGUAACUUCGCAGUUUGUGGACAGACCUCAUAUUGUUUACAUCAUGGCCGAUGACUUGGGAUGGAAUGAUGUGAGCUUUCACGGCUCAAACCAAAUAUUAACGCCAAACAUUGACGCUCUAGCCUACAAUGGAAUGAUUCUUAAUCAGCAUUAUGUGCAGCCAACGUGCACUCCUUCAAGGGCUGCAUUGAUGACAGGAAAAUAUCCCAUAUAUACAGGAUUACAAGGUUACCCACUGUCGAUAGGCGAUACCAGGACGCUGCCUGCAGGUAAAAUAUUACCUGGCCAUUUGAAAGAUUUAGGAUAUGUGACCAGGCUGGUUGGAAAAUGGCAUUUAGGAUAUUCUUCCCUUAAUGCCACACCAACUCACAGAGGAUUUGACUCGCACUUGGGGCAUUGGACUGGGUUUACUAGUUAUUAUGACUACAUCCAUGAAGGAUUAAUGAAAAUUAAAGCAAGUCGCAACUCGGAUUAUAAAUAA